AUGCAUAUCGCCUAUGAGUCCAUGACUUGUAUUGAACGCACUCACUAUUACAUGUACACCCGAAACAUUCCGAAACAAUCUGAUGCACCUUAUUAUGUAUCCAAGCGCAUGCACUUGCAUCCGACCACACAUGCGAGUGACAGAUACCCGCGGAUGGGUUUAGGAUGGGUCGGAUGGAUGUGGAAUAUCAUCUGGUUUUGUCAGAAGAUUGAAAGUUGCAUCGACGAGUGGAGCAGUGGAGCUCAAACGAACAAGAUGUUCACUGUGGAUGAGUAUCAGGACGUGCUCAACGAACAUCUCAACAACCUCAUGGACUUUGACGAACACACCAAGGCUCAAGGCCUGUUACCCAAGCUGUUGUCACGUCUGCAUGAUAAUGGCCGUGCAUUUGAGGCUGCGAUCAAGGAGUACAACGAAUGCAGGGGUGUAUCGAGUGAUGAUGACGAAGAUGAGUAG